AUAAGAUUCUUCGCCCAACUAUUCCCCUAUCGGUUCUAGCGAGUACCGAGCAUCCACAUCUCCAAGUCCACUCCAUUUCAUGGCUCAGUGUCUCUUUCUCGAUGAAAACCUUGCCGGAGCCUAACACUUUUCCAUCAUAACUCACCUGAAUCUGCCUUUUUAUCAGACACACAGAAGUUCUGUUAAGUCUUGGUUUUGCAGAGGUGAGAACCAUUAGACAAAAUGCAGAUGCUUAUUGACCUAUUUUGUAGGACUCGUCAUUCCCCACUGGUUUAGCCAAGUGGAAAACGGGGGAGCCUGGGAUGAGCUGUUGAGGCUCACAUCUAUAGUUUGAAUCCUCAUUUAUGCAGCCUCGAUUAUUGCAUUGUGGCUCAAAGGACUGUUCACUCACUUGGAAUUUACUGCUAACUCAGGGUUUGCUGAAGAGAAUUAGCUUCUUCGCUGAUUAACAAUGAAGAGAAAGCGUUUACAUCAGUCCAAGCAUUCAUUUAAUGCACACCCUUUUGAGGCCUUAUGCUGUGGCUCUUGGCAAAACGUGGAGCUUAUACAAAUCAGGGAUGGGGCUAUGACUCUGCAUUUUGUAGAUAACCAUCAUAGAAUUGAUGAGAAGGGUCCUUUCUCAAACAUUCGAGUGAAGUCAAGGAAAGCUACUUUAUCUGAUUGCACCUGCUUUCUGAGGCCUGGUAUUGAUGUUUGUGUGCUUUCAUCUUCUGAGCACGCAAAGAAUACUGGGGAAGGAAAUUCAGAACCUGUGUGGGUUGAUGCUAAGAUAAGUUCUAUCAAGCGAAAACCUCAUGUAUCUCACUGCUCAUGUCAAUUUUUUGUUAACCUCUAUGUUAACCAAGGCCCUCUUGGUUCAGAGAGAGCCAGGCUUAGUAAAGAAACUGUAGCAGUAGGAAUCAAUGAAAUUUCUGUUCUUCAGAAACUUGACAAUGAUCCAUGUGAAGCAGGCAACAAUCAGCAAGAAGCUCAGUUCUACCGUUGGGAAUUUUGUGAGGACUGUUCUUUAGUACAAAGAAGCAAACUCUUUUUGGGGAGGUUUUCAGCUGACCUGACAUGGCUGCUUGUAGCAUCAGUUCUGAAGCAAGUUGAAUUUGAUGUAAGGUCAGUCCAAAAUAAAAUUGUCUACCAAAUUUCGGGUGGUGAGAAUGAGCACUGUUCAUUAAAAUCUAAUAAUCACAUAAAUUGUGUAACUUUCAAAGUGAAAGACAGUAUUUCAACCCCAUUUGUGGUCCAAUUGGUUCCCACUGAUGCUUGUAGUGAAGUAGGCCAUAUUAGAGACACCAAUGGGACCGAACAAUCACCAUGCUAUGAUGUUAUGAGUUUGCGGCGGUCAAAGCGUCAAAAUAUACAACCUGAGCGCUUCCUAGCCUGUGGUGCUCCUGCAGAGACAGAAAUUGGCUGGGUAAGAUCCCUGCCAUACACGCCACUGAAAUGGAAGGCAGAAGAAGAAGAAGAAGAAGAAUUGCACUUACCACUGGCAUACCUGUUUGGGACACAUGCUGGUGCAAGUUGUGCAGAAGAGCAAACUUGCAACGAAGUGGGAGUUAGUUCUCCUAAACUAGAACUCUUGGAAGGUAUCCCUGUUUCCAGAACCAAGACUUGUUUGAAGGAGAUUAAAUCAAAUCUGGUUAACAGAAGAGAGCACCAAACUGAGCCUGGAGAGGUUCGAGCAGGCAUGGCUAAGAGAAGAGAACGCCAAAAGUCAACCAUGGCUGACCAAAUAGUACACCAAACUCGACUCAGGGAUGCUGAGUCAGGCAUGGCUAACAGAAAAAAGCAUGGAACUCAAAUUAGGGAGGUUAAAUUAGGCGGGGCUAACAGAAGAGAACACCAGGAUCAACUUGCUAUUGUUCCUGUGCAUACUGAAGAUGUUCUGGUAACCUUUGAACAAUUUGAUUCCCCAGUGAAGACUCCUGAACACUAUUCACAAGCGUUUAUUGAAUUUCCGAUUAGUUAUUACAGAAAAACGAGUUCUCCUGCUGCACACAGGAAGAAUGAUCUUGAUGAAGAUUUGAUGUUUGGAAAUGGAUGGGGUGGAAAAUUUUCUACUAAGAAAGUUCAAAGAGCAAGAUACCGAUCCACACAUUUAAAGCAGGAUAAUUCCUGUGCGCCAAUGACUUACAAGCGGACAGCCUUAAGUGCUGGCGCGUACAAUAAACUAAUAAGUUCUUAUAUGAAGAAAAUUGAUGCCACAAUCAAGUCAAAGGAGGUACCACGCAUUAUUGACCAGUGGGAAGAGUUUAAAGCAAAACAUAGCUCAGAUCAGAAGGAGAAAAUGGAACCAUCUUCAGUUAAGGAUGAUGGAGAAAGCUCAGAAACUGAAAUGUUGUGGAGAGAGAUGGAACUAUGCCUCGCAUCAGCAUAUAUACUUGAAGAUAAUGAGGCUCUACUUUCCACUCAGACUACACAGAAAAAUUGCCAGCACGAAUUCAAACUGGAUGAAGAAAUUGGGAUAUUAUGCCAAAUAUGUGGCUUUGUGAAAACUGAAAUAAAAUAUGUUUCAGCACCAUUUAUGGAACACAAAGGCUGGACUGCAGAAAGUAAGCCACAGAAUGAAGAGGAUUCGGAGGUUAAAACUGAUGAAGAUGAGGGCUCGAGUCUUUUUGGCAAUCAUACUUCAGGUGAAGAUGUGCCUGUAUCAGAAGUGAAUGACAAUGUUUGGGACUUGAUCCCUGAGCUUAGACCGAAAUUACACAUGCACCAGAAAAAGGCUUUUGAGUUUCUAUGGAAGAACACUGCUGGAUCCUUGGUACCGGCACAUAUGGAAAAAACAUCUAAGAAGAUAGGUGGUUGUGUUGUCUCUCAUACUCCUGGAGCUGGAAAAACAUUUCUCAUCAUUGCAUUCCUUGUCAGCUACUUGAAGUUGUUUCCAGGAAAACGGCCUCUGGUCCUUGCUCCAAAGACAACUCUCUAUACCUGGUACAAGGAAUUUAUCAAGUGGGAAAUCCCUGUUCCGGUUCAUCUUAUCAAUGGCACCAGAUCUUCUAGAGUCUUCAAGCAGACUCCAGCAGUGCUUCGAGGAUCAGGUCCAAGGCCCAGCCAGGAUGUUGUGCAUAUUUUGGAUUGCCUGGAGAAAAUGCAAAAGUGGCAUGCCCACCCAAGUGUGCUUGUCAUGGGCUAUCCCUCAUUUCUGACAUUGAUGAGAGAAGACUCAAAGUACAACCACAGAAAAUAUAUGGCUAAAGUGCUGCGAGAGAGUCCUGGAAUGUUGAUACUUGAUGAAGGACACAAUCCCAGGAGUACAAAAUCCAGGUUGAGGAAGGUUUUGAUGAAAGUGGAAACAGAUUUGAGAAUAUUGCUUUCAGGUACUUUGUUUCAGAAUAAUUUUUGUGAAUAUUUCAACACCCUUUCCCUAGCAAGACCAAUGUUUAUCAAAGAAGUUCUGAAGGCAUUAGACCCGAAGUUUAAGAGGAAAAAGAAAGGGGCACAGAAAGCACGUCAUUUGCUGGAAUCUCGUGCCAGAAAAUUCUUCAUAGAUAACAUUGCAAGCAAAAUUAAUUCGGAUGAGGCUGAAGAGAAAAUGCAAGGUUUGAAUAUGCUGAGAAACAUGACUAAUGGGUUCAUUGACGUGUAUGAAGGCACAGCUUCUGACACCCUUCCUGGUCUACAGAUUUACACCAUAUUAAUGAAUCCAACAGAUAUUCAACAUCAGAUUUUGGUGAAACUCCAUAAAAUAAUGGAAAAAUGCCCUGGAUACCCCCUGGAAGUAGAGCUUUUGAUAACUCUUGCUUCAAUACAUCCUUCAUUGGUCAAUUCUUCUGUCUGUGUUAAAAAAAUUUAUAAUCUGGAGGAACUGAUGGAACUUGAGAAGUUAAGAUUUGAUUGUAAGAAAGGGUCCAAGGUGAUGUUUGUGUUGAAUCUUGUGUAUCGUGUAGUCAAGAACGAGAAGGUUCUGAUCUUUUGCCACAACAUUGCACCCAUUAAAUUAUUCAUUGAAUUGUUUGAGAAUAUCUUUAGAUGGCAGCAGGGUAAAGAAAUUCUGGUUCUUACAGGGGAACUAGAGCUGUUUGAACGAGGAAGAGUGAUGGAUAAGUUUGAGGAAUUGGGAGGGCCUUCAAGGGUUCUACUUGCAUCAAUUACAGCUUGUGCCGAGGGAAUAAGUUUGACAGCAGCUUCACGUGUAAUUCUUUUGGACUCGGAGUGGAAUCCUUCCAAGACAAAGCAGGCCAUUGCACGAGCUUUUCGGCCUGGCCAACAGAAGAUGGUUUAUGUGUAUCAGCUUCUGGCAACAGGCACAGUUGAAGAGGACAAGUAUCGUAGGACAGCAUGGAAGGAAUGGGUCUCACGCAUGAUAUUUAGUGAGGAAUUUGUGGAGGACCCUUCUCGUUGGCAAGCAGAAAAGAUUGAGGAUGAUGUAUUAAGGGAGAUAGUAGAGGAGGACCGGGUGAAGUCAUUCCAUAUGAUAAUGAAGAACGAGAAGGCUUCAACAAGUUGAUGGUAGACUACCUUCCUUAAAGAGGCUUCAAUAUUGCUUAUGUUUCUCUGUGGUUCCAGAGGUUCAAGUAAUUGCUGCAGUGGAGCUGACGGCAAAUAUAAUAACUUGCUGAACCAUGUCUUUGCCAUUCAGAAUAAGCUCUAUGCCCAAGUUGUUCAAGCGGUUUCUUUGUCAGCAGGAUAAUAUAUCUUAAUGCUGUUUAGCUUAACGAACUGGUUUAGUUUUCUGUCAUUUCAUUUCCAAUGCUGUUAGAUUAUCAUUCAAAAUCACAUUCCUAAUUGCAUUGGGAAAACUUUGUUCAAAACCUUAUGCGUACAUACAUGUUAAGUCUUGACAUGCUAGGUUAAAGAAUCUGGUGCUUUGAAACCUGCCCGCACUGACGACAUCAUGAUAACUCAUUUUAGCUUGAAAUGCAAGUACCUGAAUCAUCUGAUCAAUUUCUCUGUUUUGAUGUUUCAUGGGAUCAUAUUUUACAUGGAACAUGGUUAUUUUAAUAAUUGAGAUACUUCUUAUAGUCAA